AUGGACCGAGCAUCAAGACGACGCCCCGUGUUGCUUCUCGUCCUAGUUGCUGCCGUCAGCGUGCUCUGCCUUGUUCAAGUCGCGUCAGCUUAUACCGGGUACCAGCAGAUGAUAGCGAAGCUCAAGACGAAGGGUUACAGCACGGCUCUCGCCGCUUGGCAGACGUCUGGCCUCAACAACACACUCAAGCAAUGGCUGCCAACGUCUCAAAUGACGAUACUGGUGCCGCGCAACAGCGCGUUCAGCAAGCUCACGGGCAGCUACCAGUAUUCGAAGCUCAAGAAGAACCCCAAGGCGCUGCUGCAGGUCAUGGCCUUCCACGUGUGGAAGCAGCGCUUCUCCAGUUCUACGCUGGAGGCGAUUAAAGUGGGCACACAGUUUGGCACCCUGGAUUACAAGUACGUGAUGAGGAAGUCAGGCACCAAACCAGCAAGGUUCACCAAGCUUGGAGCUUCUGGGGGAGCUAAGAUCAUUGCAGCAGACCUCUAUGUGGACCCACAGGUUAUCGUGCAUGGUGUGGAUACUGUCAUCAUUCCACCCAAGAUUAACAAGUAA